AUGGCCGCCGUCUUCUUCGCCAGCGGUGCCAUCACUUUCGGCCCCGAAGGGCUCCUCGGCAGCUCGCCUGCUGCGACGGCAGUGAAGAUGGCUCACCUUCUAUUCUUUGCCACAUCCUUGGGUGCCACUGUCUAUGCCAUCUUCGUCGGUGGCAUCGUCAUGUUCCUCUACUUGCCGAGGCACAUGAUGGGCAGGCUACGCGGGAAGGUGUUCCCAGCUUGCUUCACGCUGAACACGGUAUGCACGGCCCUGUCCGCCGCGGCGUUCGCCUGGCUAAACUAUCCGUGGAAGACGGCACCAGUCGUGGAGCGCCGGCAGCUUGGACUCCUCGUCGCCACUGUCGGGUUCGACCUCACCAACCUGCUCCUCCUAGCGCCGAAGACCCUCGAGAUGAUGCAGGAGAGGCAUAUAGUGGAGAGGGGUCUCGGCCUUGGCGAACAGGGCUCCUUCGACGGCUUGCGGAGCAACAUCCGGUUGGCCACGAGUAACGCUGCCCUUGCCGCGGCCAACAGGAGAUUCUGGGCGGCACACAUCCCGUCGGCGGUGGCACUCCUCGCGUCGACUUUCGGGCUUGCUGCUCACCUGUGGUACCUUGCUGGCAAGCUUGCUCUAUAA